AUGGCCACCUCCCUCCGAUCCAUCAAGUCCCUCGUCCCGCUGCUGGACCGCGUGCUGGUCCAGCGCAUCAAGGCCGAGGCCAAGACGGCCGGCGGCAUCUUCCUGCCCGAGUCGAGUGUCAAGGAGCUCAACGAGGCCAAGGUCCUGGCCGUCGGGCCGGGUGCCUUGAGCAAGGAGGGCUCGCGCCAGCCGAUGGGCGUCCAGGCCGGCGACCGCGUGCUGAUUCCUCAGUACGGCGGCUCCCCUGUCAAGGUCGGCGAGGACGAGUACCACCUGUUCCGGGACAGCGAGAUCCUGGCCAAGAUCCACGAAUAA